AUGGUCCUACACAAUUUUGAUGACAGUGGAAGCUAUCAAGACGAGGACGAGGAGGAAGAUGAGUCCCUACAGCGGAGGCAUUCGGGCAACCUCCGUGCUCAAGGCAAUCUGCUGGCACGUGUCGACCAUCGUACAGAGCUGGACUUGUCUGGACGGAACCUAUCCUUCUCCACUGGGCUGGCAAACACUUACGUGGCCCUUACAGCACUCAACCUUUCCAAUAACUCCAUCUCAAGGCUUGAAAGCAUUCCGCCCUCUCUAGUAGUCUUGGACGCCUCUCACAACCUCAUCCGUGAGAUCUCAGGAUUGGAAAACUUCUUCUACCUGACGUCCCUCAACCUCGCCUACAACUCCCUCACCCGCCUCCGAGGACUAGACCACUGCACCUCGUUGACAGAGCUCUCACUGCAGAACAAUGAGAUCAAAGUGAUCUCCGACCUUGAAUGCAACAUGGACCUCGAGCGUUUGGAUGUGUCCAACAACAUGAUCAGCACUGUCGAAGCUCUUCGAACCCUUUCCCUCAACUCAAAGUUGGCCUGGAUGUCGUUGAAGGGAAAUCCAUGCGCGCAGAAACCCCAGUAUCGGCACAGACUGACAGGCAUGCUACCGCAGCUCUUGAUCUUGGACAACGUCAGAAUGCCAAAGAACAACCAUAGGCCUUCCUCACCUGCCAGGCCAUUGAAGAUAACUGAGGAGAAGAGGCGCGACGGCGUCCUCUCCGCCUCCAGGGGCCCGAUGCGUGCAUUCAGCCAGGCGCCGUCGCAGCCGCAGGAGGAGCAAAUGCAGCAGACACGUGACGUUCCCCUCAGCCCCUGGACGUCUGCCAGCGUGAGCAGGGAUGCGACCCAGCAGUCCGAGCAUGCAGAGACAAGACGUCAAGUUUGCUCGCAUGGCGUGAUGUCGAAGAAUCAGCUCACGCCUGCCGCCCCUGCCGCCAACAAGGCGGAGGGAGACAAGCCCAAAGUGCUUGACGCGGAAAAGCCGAAGUUGGAGAGGAAUGCAGGAGUCGACGUGGCGCAGCUGUCGCAGCGCGUGCAGCAUCUGCAGGAAUGCCAUGAAGCUGAAGUUCAGACGAUCAAUCAACAUCAGGACAUCAUCCGCAAGCUCAUGAAGGAAGUCGAGACCCUCAAGCAGGACGUCUCCAACCUCACCUCCUCUCUGAGUCGGCAGGAGGCGAGGCCUUCCCAGCACCAGAACGAAGAGCUCUCCCUCCUCGCCCUAGAGUUCGCUGAGAGCAACCAGUCGCUCCUCGUCGUCAAGGCUGCUCUCAAGAAAGCACUGGCGUACGCCGACGCCUCCUCUGACAACCUCCGCAACCCCUCCUACCAGGUCGCACAGAAGUUCAAGGAGGAGGUGGCGGGGCAGGGCCUCCUUGGAGGAGCAGAGGAGGGCAAAGAGGGCUUGGGGACAAAACUCGAUGAGCAGCAGGCGGCUGAGCGAAGGUGGGAGGAGGGAAAGGCUGCACCGGAGAGAGAGGAGAGUGAGAGCAGGAAGGCUGUUGUCAAAUUGAGCCGAAUGAGUGACUGCUCCAUGGACAAGAUCGUAGAAUAUCGAACGCUGCUAGAUGAGAUCAAACACUUCGAGGGCAACCGGGGAGCCCCGGAGCUGCUGGACAAGGUGAUGGACGCUGUCCGAGAUCUCAACACGUCCAAAACAGCUCUACGGUUGCUGCUGCUGCUGCUGCUGCUGCUGCUGCUGCUCUCCUCGUUUGCCGUGCUGAUCCUGUCUGCACGAGAGCAGAAGAUGAUUGGGCUGCUGAGCAACGCGGACGUGAGCAAGGAGGUUCUUGAGCGAUACGCGUGCGUGAUCGAGGAGACCUUGCUGUCAAACCACGUGGACGAAGAGAGCAAGUGA